AUGCAGUGUUUCUCCGGCUCGAUCGUGUUUUCUUAUCCGCCAACCCCCUCAACAUUGAGGUCUUCCGCAACAUUGCAUCACGACAAGUUCCGCCAUCAGAUCAACGAGAUUAUCUGGGAUGAGGUGCGCUUGCAUCGGGGUCCAGCACGAAUAGCUGAAACCAAUGAGGGACAUGAAUUGCUCUCGGACGAGGAUGAACCCGAUAAUAACAGAGAAUGGGCUGCGGAAUACUACACUCACUACAGAGAGGAGAUUACCGAGCGCCAUGAGUCUGAAGAGGGUGAAGGGUGUCGUAAGUGGUUCAAAAGCGGUUGUGAGGAAAACCUUUACGUUCUACAAUGUCGGGAACGCCGUGAUGUGGAUUGGCCCGACCAUAUCGCGCUCAGAGAACAAGUGUUCGCUCAGCCUUCCCUAAGGGAGGCCUGGCAACAUUAUCUGCAGUUGCUGCGUCAACAGAAGGAUGUUCUUGCCGGUCGGAGUGAUUUGGAAGCGUUCGCGUUUGGCGUUAAGCGGUUUCCUGCCCUAAAGAGAGUUACCAUCACACCUGCAGCCCACGGCAACCUCAUCACCCCGCUUUACCCGACCCCUAUGAUUCGUGCUUUCCCGAAAGGCUUUAAUUACCCCAUUCCUCGUGGUUGGCUGUACUCUAGAGCCACUAUGGGGCCCGCUACUCCAUAUCCGUGGAAUCAAUACCCAGAACUCAGAGAUCGGUACCGCGGGUUCCGCACGGCACUACGUGUCCUCGCCAACGAACCCAACUCGGUUUCUGAGCUGGUGAUGACCUCUAACUCUAUCCCCACGGGGAUUAACUGCACAAUCUUCGACGAGCCCUGCGAAGAGUACAAUCAUUUUGCUACCGUGCUUAAGAAGCCGGGCUUCCGCCGUCUAGAUAUUGCCUUGCUUCUCGGUGGUGACCGUGAGGAAGAUCUCGAAGCAUGCUGGCGAUCUCUGCUUAAUGGGCGUCUGCGCCGGGCACUCGGUGAAGCAAAAGAAACGGAAGAGUUCAGGCUGCAUACAACAUUUGAUGAUGAGCUCUACCCUGACGGAGAACAUCCAUUGAUCCCAUUACGGAGCAUUGAUGACUGUGUCUCUUUCCUCAAGACGUUACCAAAAUCCGUUCGCUCCAUUGAACUCAGUAUGCUGCAAUUUCUUGGCGAUGGAGACUGGUAUAGUAUGCUGGAAGAAAUCAAGCGAAUGGUAUCGGAGAGCACGCUAUGGGGAGACCGGGUUGCGGGAUCAAGACCCAAAAUUACGAUCGGCGUGCCAAUCGCGGACGCGAGCCCUACACAUGGACACGGUAUAUGGAUUGAAAAGGAGGUAUGGGAUUUCAUCUACGGCGAAGGAGAAAAUCCCUCUAAGGAGGAUCGUCCCCUUAACAUCCGACCUGGAGUUGGUGUUAUGAGGGAUGCAUUGGAGCCCGAUUUUGAACAUCCAUAUGACCAAUGGGUACUCUGA